GGGGUGCCAGGUUAUCUCCGUUUUCGGGUGCGGGGCGGCGGCGGGCGCCGAAGGGGACCUGGGUUGGGAGAUAAAUAGAGGGGUGUGCCCCGGUGGGUGAUAUACGGGGAUUUGUUCUACUGUUAGACUUAUUCUACGAGGCUUUUGUUGGAUCUUUGUUGGACCUUUGGAUCUUUGGAUCUUUGGAUCUUUGGAACUCAUUUGGAACUUUUCUGGACGCGUUUUGGAUCGACAUCUUUGAUUGAGAUCACUGUGCCUUCACCAUGGCAGCCAAGUUCAUCCCCGCGGGCGAGAUUGACGAGGUGUUCAAGUCGAAGUACACUGACCUCAUCUCCACCCCCCUCGGCUCCCGCAUAAUCUCCUUCAGCGACGAAUGGUUCGCCGCCGCCUCGAACCUCACCACCAAAACACCCCCCAUCUCGCGCCCCGGCGUCUUCGUGCACUCCGGCGCCUGGUACGACGGCUGGGAGACGCGGCGCCACAACACCGCGCCCGCGGACUGGGUCGUAAUCCGGCUGGGCACGGCGUCUGGGCGCGUCGCGGGCGUGGAGAUUGAUACCGCGUUUUUCAACGGGAAUCACGCGCCGGCUAUUAGCGUCGAGGGCGCGUUUGCGGACUCCGACGAGGAGGUUAAGGACGAGGGGUACGGCGGGUGGACGACGAUCUUGGAGAAGCAGGACUGCGGCCCGUCACAGCGCCAUGGGUGGCUGCUGCCCUCCCUGACGGACGCGGCGUACACACACGUCCGCCUACUCAUGUACCCCGACGGCGGCAUCGCGCGCUUCCGGCUCUACGGCGUCGCGGUCCCGGUCUUCCCCGCGUCCGCAUCCGCGGUCUUCGAGCUCAGCGCGACGGUCAUGGGCGGCGUCGCCACCGCCGUGUCGGACCAGCACUUCGGCUCCGCGGACAACCUGCUGCUGCCGGGGCGCGGGCACGACAUGGGGGAUGGCUGGGAAACGAAGCGCACGCGCGGCGAGCACGUCGACUGGACUAUAGUGCGUCUUGGGGCCGCGGGCGAGAUUGAUCACAUCGUCAUCGAUACAGCGCAUUUCCGCGGCAAUUUUCCGCAGAAGGUGCAGGUGUUUGCGGGCGCCUUUGAGAGUGACCCCGGGCACGAAGAUGGCGCGUGGACGGAGGUGUUGGCGCCGCAGAAGAGCGGGCCGGAUGUUGAGACGGAGUAUAGGAGUGAGUUGGUGAAUGUGGCGGGGAAGCGGUAUACGCAUGCGAAGCUGGUUAUUAUUCCGGAUGGUGGCGUGAAGCGGUUUAGGGUGUUUGGCAGGAGGAUGUAGGGGAUGGAGAUGUAGAGGAUGUAGAGGAUGUA